AUGGAACAUGUUGGAGGACCAAGUGGGAAGCUGGUGGUGGAGGAGACUCCUUCAGUCCGUCUGAGCUCCUGUUCUCCUCACAGUCCUUCAGUCCGUCUGAGCUCCUGUUCUCCUCACAGUCCUUCAGUCCGUCUGAGCUCCUGUUCUCCUCACAGUCCUUCAGUCUCACCUGGCGCAGUGAGUCCUGCUGAGUUCCGGCUGGUCGGAGGUCCGAGUCCCUGUUCUGGCAGACUGGAGCAGCAGCGUCAGUCGGACUGGGAACCAGUGAGGGACCAGAACCUGGACUGGAACCUGACAGCAGCAGAUCAGGAGGAUCAGCUGUGGUUCUGUGACUCUGUGAGGCUGCAGAACCAGACUGACCUGUGUUCAGGUAGACUGCAGGUGAAGAGGAACCAGGUGUGGUCCUCAGUGUGUUCAGAUGGAUUUGACCUGCAGGAUGCUGAGGUGGUCUGCAGGGAGCUGGGCUGUGGUUCUCCUUCAGGGUUCAAGGAGGAACUCUAUGGAGAAGCUCCAGAGUGGAUCCCAGAGUUCCGGUGUGGAGGCCAUGAGUCUGCUCUGCUGCAGUGUGAGCGCUCAGAUAGAGACACCUGCUCACCUGGAACCACCGUCACACUCACCUGCUCAGCUCCAGACCACGUGAGGCUGGUGGGAAACAGCAGCACCUGUGCAGGUGAGCUGCAGAUGAAGGUCCAUGGAGAGUGGAGGCCCGUGGUGGACUGGGUAUGGGACGACAACCAGAACCUGACAGCAGUAGCAGCAGCAGUGUGUUCUCAGCUCGGAUGUGGUUCUGAUGUGACUACAUAUUUCGAGGACUUUGCAUCAGUGAGACCCACGUGGUUUAUCCAGUCCUCCUGCGUCCUGUCGGCUGUUUCCCUCCACGACUGUCUGUUUCCGAACAAUGAGGCCAAAAGCGGCCAGGCCCUGCAGGUGGUCUGCUCAGGUAACAGCUUCAAGUGUUUCCUCUGA